UAGCAAAUUCACAAUGGCAGCAAUGUUUCAUAGAAGAUGCGGAGAGAGAAUUACAUUAACAAAUGGAAACAGAACAGCGAUUCGCAAUUUCGCUGAAUUCAAUUAUGGUUUAGUUCUAAGCGCCGAGCCUUUGGCAGAAAAUCAGUUAUUCGAAGUCAGAAUAGACAAGAAGAUAAGCUCGUGGAGUGGGAGUGUGGAGAUUGGGGUGACAACAUGUGAUCCAGAUUUGUUGGAGUUCCCUUCUAGUGCCACAGACCUUCGUGAUGGCUCAUGGAUCAUGACGGGCAACUCAAUUCUGAAGGAUGGGAGAUCCGUUGUUGAGGUGUAUGGAAUUGACCUGGACAAGCUGAAGGAAGGGGAACGCAUUGGUGUCAUGAGGACAUCUGAGGGUGAGCUGGUGUUCUAUGUUAAUGGCGUGUCGCAAGGUGUGGCGGCAGAUGAUCUCCCAGCCAGAAUCUUUGCAGUUGUUGACCUCUAUGGCAAAUGUGCGCAAGUCACCAUCGUGGAUUCUGAAGUUGGUGUUCCAGAUUCUGAACGUUCAGAGUCAGAAGCAGAGAUCAACAACGACCACGGCAUGAUGACGGUAACAAACCUUGUGGCAAAUCUGAAUGUUAAUAUGAACGUGAACACUGCCGUAGCUGUGCCAGACAGACUGCAGUUCCAUGAACGGUGUGGAACCUUAGUGAAACUCUCAUGUAAUAAUCGCACAGCUGAACGGAGGCGUCCUCUGGAUGAGUUCAAUAAUGGAGUAGUUAUGACGCAUCGUCCGCUGCGAGAGAAUGAAUUAUUUGAGAUUCGAAUUGAUCGCCUGGUAGACAAGUGGUCUGGUAGCAUAGAGGUGGGCAUCACAACACACAACCCGACAGCACUGGAAUUUCCUGCAACCAUGACGAAUAUGCGCAGUGGUACCACCAUGAUGUCAGGCUGCGGCAUCCUCACUAACGGGAAGGGCACUCGUCGCGAGUAUGGCGAGUUUAAUUUGGAUGAACUGAGGGAAGGUGACCGUAUUGGCAUGAUGAGGAAGUCCAAUGGGAACCUGCACUACUUCAUUAACGGGCUGGAUCAGGGGGUAGCUGCCACCAAGGUGCCUGCCUGUGUCUGGGGUGUUGUGGACCUGUAUGGUAUGACUGUCAAGGUAACAAUAGUCGACAGAGAUGAACGAGAAGAACAAAACCUGAUAACGAGGCGGAACACGGCAUUGAGAGACCACCAGAUUCUCCAUGGGCUGAAUGAUCUCCCUGAUGAGGACUUUGUGGACCGGCUCAUGUUCCACUCCACCUGUGGUACUCAUGCAGCCGUCAUCAACAACUGCCGCACAGCCCACCGUCCCAAUGCAAUGGAUGACUUCAACAAUGGAGUAGUUUUGACGAAUCGUCCUCUGAAGUCGAAUGAGCUGUUUGAAGUUCGUCUGGACAAGAUGGUUACCAAGUGGGCAGGCUCCAUCGAGAUUGGGGUUACUACCCACAACCCCACAGAACUGGAGUACCCCUCCACUAUGACAAAUGUGAGGUCAGGCACAUGGAUGAUGACAGGAAAUGGGGUCAUGCACAAUGGAACUAUGGUCAUUGAUGAAUAUGGCCAGAACCUGGACAGACUGCAGGUUGGUGACCGUGUGGGUGUGAUGUGCAAAGAGAACGGCACAUUACACUUCUUUGUGAAUGGUUUGGAUCAGGGUGCAGCGGCCAGCAACAUUCCUGACCGUGUCUAUGGUGUGAUAGACUUGUACGGCCAGGCAGCUCAGGCCACAAUAGUUGAUUCUCUGGACUGCUACUCCCCUGACACAAUCAACUCCAGUCUCUCGAACAUGACUGUCUAUAGUGACCUUAGAUUUCAUCAUGUACAUGGCAAAAAUGCACGUGUUUCAAACAAUGGACUGACAGCAUCACGACCACGUGCAUUCUGGGAGUUCAACGAUGCGAUUGUGAUAAGUAACCGAGCCCUGCGAGAGGGGGAGAUGUUUGAAGUUGUGAUUGAAAAGAUGGUGGACCGCUGGUCUGGAUCAAUUGAAGCAGGGGUAACUGCAAUCCGACCUGAAGAUCUGGAUUUCCCAAGCACCAUGACAGAUAUCAACCAUGACACCUGGAUGCUGUCAGGAUCAUCUGUCUUGCAAGAUGGUGUCACAUUACGGAAUGGUUACAGAUGUGACCUUGACACACUGACAACUGGUACACGUAUUGGUAUGAUGCGGCAUGAGGAUGAGUCACUGCAUUACUACGUGGAUGGCCUUGACCAGGGUGCAGCCUGCGAUGGAGUCCCCCUGCACGUUUAUGCUGUCGUAGACCUGUAUGGGCAGUGUGCGCAGGUGUCCAUCAUCCCACCGGAUCGUGGAAGGGAAAACACGGCCCUUGCUGUUGGUGCUGUUAGUGAAAACAGCUCUCAGCCACUCAGUUUGCAGCAUUAUCAGCAAGCAAACACAAACAGUCACCCAAACUCUGAAACUACCCACAGGUUUAGUGUGUCCUGUGGAAAGAAUGUGAUACUGCGCUCUGGCAACACCGUUGCUACUCGAGUGCGCAACUAUGCGCAUGCGUUGGUGUUCAGCAAUACUGCUGUGGAGCCAGAUGAGACAUUUGAGGUGUGCAUCCAGGAGGUGGCCCCGCAGUGGGCUGGCACGCUGCAUAUUGGAGUGACAUCAUUGCAGAUCUCUGAUGUAUACCCUGCUGGCAGUCUUCCUCCCACAGUCUCUGGCCUCACAGCUGACACAUGGUAUAUUACAGGCAAUGAGGUGCGUCGAAAUUCAACCACUCUGAAAGUCAACUACUGUCCAAGUCUGGAGUGGCUGGUAGUAGGAAACCGCGUUGGAGUGCGGCGUGAUGCAGAUGGCAGCUUGCACUUUCUCAUCAAUGGGGAGGACAUGGGGGUAGCAGCUACCAACUUGCCCAAGCGAGUGUUUGCAGUCGUGGACCUGUACGGGAACACCCAGAGUGUGGCUGUCACCAGUGUGAGGUCUAGUCAGGACCCCGGAGCUGCAGGCUCCCCCACCGAAGUGGAGGAAGGAGAGGUAGUUGCAGCUGGAACUAUGGGCGAGUCACUUCGUUCCAGCAAGCUGCAUGACUCAUUGGAAAUGCUUCUAGAUACAACAAGCCCCACUCUGCACUCUGCUCGACUCCCGGAGCUCAGCGCUGCAGAAGAGAAUGGCACUGAGAUGAGUCAUUCCAAGUCUUGUGAAGGCAGGCUUGAGGACCCCUCGUCCUUGCUCCCUGUCUCAGGAACUGCAGUGGGUAAUGCCACAGGUGUGCCAAACCAGGCAUCAGCCGAACCUGCUGUUCAUCCUGUUGUCUUGGAGUUCCACGAGAACCAUGGGCGCAAUGUGCAGCUGGGAGAGGGCCGCAGGACAGCCAAGCGAACGGCAAGCUAUAACCAGGGCGUUGUUAUUUCCAGCAAACCUCUGCCAAGGGAGCAACUGUUCCAGGUACGAAUAGACUUGCUGAAUUCUCGUUGGAUGUCAUCGCUCAUGUGUGGUGUGACAUGUCAGUCCCCCGAAAAGAUGCACUUCCCCCUAACUGCUCUUGGUUUCAAGAAAAACUCAUGGAUCAUCUGCAGUGACUCUGUGUUCGUUAAUGGCGUAAAGGUGAGAGGAGGCUAUGGACUCAACUUGGACAGCCUGCAGUCCUGCCAUUUGGUGGGCAUACUGGUGGACAGUGAAUCACGACUCCACCUCUAUGUGAAUGGAGUGGACCAGGGUGUGGCUGCGUGUGACCUCCCUGCUGUUUGCUAUGCAGUCGUGGACAUAUAUGGGCAGUGUGAAGAGGUGACGAUCGUUGGCUCAUCAGUGAGUUCCAUUCAGGCCUCAUCAUUGCUGAGCACUGUUGAGUCAACAUCAGCCAUGGAAGAGACUCAGGAUCGGAUACAGCUGGAAUCAGAGUCCCUGAGUGAGAAAGCAGAUCUCGAGUGCGAUGAGAAGGAGAAGCUGUCGGAGCUGUUGACGAGCUGUGUCGGUGGUGAGAACCAUGGCACCACUGAGAUCAUGUCCAGCAGUUCCCCAGUUGUUGCCAGCAAGUCUCUAAACAUGCCAAUCUCAAGCUCUGCAGUAUCUCUACCUCUCUCUGUUGUUUCAAAUGCAAUGAACAUAGUUCCUAAUGUUACGGCAAACGUAGGCUCAGAUACGAAUCUCACGGACUCUAAUGUGGAAGCAGUUUCAAUUACGAACACUCCAUCAACGCACAUUCUGACACCUAGUGCUGUGUCAGCUCAGUUAAUGGCUAGUGGAACAACACCAACGUCCCCAUUGUCCGCCACACCAAUGGUUGCUUUGAAAAACUGUGAAUAUCUGAAUGCGUGUGUGCGGUUCAAGAAUGUACUCGGAUUGCCAGAUGGCUUCUUCAGCUACAUAGAUUCUGGUGUUGGAGGGGGCAUUUGUUACUGUGAGUGCUGCCAGAAAUUGCGGAGUGGUGGUGUCAUGCACCAAAAGGGAGAGCCUGUACCAUCAGGGUGGUGCCGCUUUGCACUGCGCCGCCCACCUGGGACACCAGACCCUGACUCAGCUGCUGACAAGUGGCACGUUGCAUUCUCAGGGGCGCCCUUGGCAGAUAUCAGGACUGUCCUGGACCAUGGGCAGCUGCUGCUCCCAGGUGAAUUGGGUUUGGAGCGCAGUGCUAGUUGGAGGGACAAGUCAAAAGAAGAUGACUCGGAUGGUUCGCAGCUUUUGUUCUCACCCAGCCUUAAGUAUGCUGCCUCACCACCAUUCACAAACAAGUAUGAGUACGUGGAUCCAAAGACAAAGCACAGGUAUGAGGCACGGGCUGCCUUCCAACUGUUGGUGCAGCCUGGAUCCUACAAAAUUGGCCCUCCAUCGGUCGCGGGUGUGGGCAAGCCUGUUGACCCGCACUUGGAUCACGACACCGUGGAAUGGGUCACCAAGGAGAGAGGUGCCACUAUCCUCUGUGCCCUGCUGGUGAAACUGGAUGGACUCUAACACUAGGGUGAGUGUCCCAUGGAUUGGAACGUGAGUUGCCCUAGCUCUAGUCAGACGUACCGACCACUUGCAGUGAUGUCUGGGUGCAUGAAGACUGUAAUUGUACAGGCUGGCCCAUUAUGCAGCACGCUGUACUCUGUUGUUAGUGUGGAUUGUAGCAUCACAUCUGCACUGUUCUACAGCACCAAUUUCAUGGUCAAUUUAUUACACUGGUUUACAAUAACUUAAAUGCUACGAGAGUCCAUAAGAUGUGCUUCCAACUGAGCUACUGAAGCUGGAACACUUUGUUAAUUGAAUACUUGUUAGAUGGAGCAUCAGACUGUGUCUGCAACUUCGUGCUCAUUGUUCUGUUAUCUGCUGCAGAUUCUCAUUUCUGUGGGGUUUAUGUCUCAGGAAUCUAUGGCAGAAUUAUGCCUUGCCGGAUGUCUUCAUACUGGAGAAUGACAAGAAAUUCAGCAAAUGUAAAAUUUAAAAUAUUUGGGGGGUAAGCAUUAGUCUGUUAUUUAGUAUUGCACAGUAAUGCCAUUUUGGAGCAUCCAAGAACAACAGAGGUGCAAACAAAGUAUAGGUAGGCAAAACUUGGCCAAAACAGUUGAAGUAAUGCCUGAGCGGAGAAAAUUAUGUAGAUGAGCACUGUUACAGUAUGAGGUUUUCACCUCGGAUUUUUAGGAUGAUUGAAUCAAGAGCAAUGAAAUGGGAUUUGUCACUGGGAACAAAGAAAUGCAUACAAAAUUUUCAUUGGCCAGUAAAUGUAAGAUCAUUUGGGAACCUUGGUGUAAAUGUGAUGAUAAUAUUAAAAGAGGCAUCAUUUGUAUAUGUGGACAGAACUGGUUCAGAAUAUUGCUGAGCUUUUGGUUCCACAACAGCAGAGUUGCUUAUACCGUUGUUGUGUGCCACUUUACUUAAUGAACCUUGUCAUACAUUUUGCUUGUUUAUUUACUUUGAAGAUGUCUCGGAUGCUGUCACAGAUUGCGGUGGCUGUGGGUUCAGCACAGCUACAAGGUCUUGUAGGAUUUUUGUGUAUGAUCUGAGUUUCCGCAGCAGUGAAUAUGUAAAGACCUUCUCCCUUUCUUAUUUCCAUAUAUCUACAGUACUGCAUGCCAGCAGUCUCCAGUAUGCAGCAAGGUCUCCUUACCCUAAAUACUCUUAUAAUGCAAGAACUGCUCUGUGCAUCUGAGUAUCUUUUCAAGGACACUGAAGGGGCCACAGAUUUGGUGUGCUGUGUGCCCUGUAUUGUGACUUGCCUCCGUGACAAUGAGUGGCCCCACAGCAGUUGACUAAUAUUCAGAUGUUUAAGAUAUUCCUGAAGAUUCCUGAUGACUGUCACAAAAGCCUCUUAUUGGUCCAUACCUUUUCAACCAGUUUGCACCUGGAUAAUCUGAUACUGUAGGCACAGCCAUUGCAAGUACAAGCUUUUGUGUCGGUGGUGACGAACUCUUGCGACAUGAGGAAAUUGAUUGGUCAGAUGAAUGGCUGUUUGCUGAUCAGUGAAGGAAUGCACAGAACCACGAACUUAAUUCUUUUAACGUUUUCAUCAGUCAGUAUCGUGGAAGGAGUCAGUAUGUCCACAUUUUUAAGGGAAAAGAGCGUGGAAACCCUUGAGUGUUGUUUUUUAUUUGUUACGGUGAUGUUAAGUGCUGUGAUGUGCUCAGCACUCUCUUUCUCUUAUGAAACUGCUGUGUGGGUAGGACUGAAGUGUAAUUCUGGAUGAGUGAAACUGAUGGAGAUGUUUCUACCAAGUUUUCAAACUGACAGAUGAGUGUAAAGAUUAAUUCCCUUAUGCUUCCCAUGUUGCUUGAUUCCCACUCUUCUUAUCUAGCUGUAGAUGGCAGAGCAGUAGCUAGUGUCCCACAUGGCCAAGUACAGACCCUGGACUUUCAGCCAGCAAAUGAUAUUUAUGUUCUUCAGAUGAGCUUCACAGUUUAUGUUGGUAUGAAUGAUUAUUCACGUUUGUUUAAUAAUGUGUCAUCUGGUCAUAGUGAAGUUCACUGGCUCAUAUACCAUCUUCACCUUUAUUUCUACCAGUCAAGAACGUGGUGCAAAAUGGUGUAGUUCUGCUUUCAUGAACUUUUGGGGAAGCCAACAUAUGUGGAAUAGUACACAUUUGUGUACAAACCUAAAUUUUAUGUUAUUUUUAUGUGAAAAUAUCAAUCUUAAUUUAUUAAGUGAGAUAUGAACAGGUAUCCAUGUGUGGAACUGCUCACCUUUCUUGACCCCCAGACUGUUUGUGCGUGCAUAAGUGUUUUUCAACUGAAGCAGAAAGUUUGUCUGCCUUCACCAACUUACGAGGAAUCAAGAAUGCUCUUUCAUUGUUCUAAGCAUUCCCUGUUUUAGAAACUAAUCCCAUAUGAACAUGUUGGACUUGUGCUUUUCACAGUGGUGCCUGUGAAGGGCACAUCUGGGCUGAAACACUGUGUAGUUCAGAGAAGGAGUUGAGAAAUGAGGCAAGCAAGGAAAUGAGCAGAAGAUGCUUAGCUCACUGGCUGCUGCUGCUGGUUUCUCUCUUGGCUCUCUCUUCAACCCUGAAGAUGGAGGUAAUAUAUUCCUUCAGAGUGCCAGGCUUUCUGUGAGCUGCCAUAAUGUAUCCGCCCAGAAUACCAUGCUCUCAAUGUCAUCAUGUUUGCCAUAUUCCAGUCUUCAUUUUGUUUUUCUGUCUGUGCAGAGGUGCUACACUUAAGGGAGAGAAAUAUAGCCAUUUAUUUGAAUAUUGUUCUUCAGUUCCGUGACUGUUACAGACAAAUCCUGAUACUUAACAAAUAAAGCAUGUUGCAUUAACAGAAGUGCUGUGCAAGUAAGAGUUAUCUAGUGAAGUACGGAAACUGAACUGAAGAAGUCAGUGGAAUGCUUCGGCGUGUGUCACAGCUGUGUGAAUGUAUGAGGUCUGUCAAGUAGCGUGAAGCAGUUUAAGUUCACACCAGUUGUGGGCCCUGAUGCCUUCAAGGCACUAGCUUGUAAGUGAAGAGUUCACAGGUUGGCAGUUUGUUUGUUUGUUUGAGAUGCCUGAUUAGGGUGUGCUCUUUGAGACACAGUGGUCACACAGCCAUGUGUUUCUUAGGUUUGAUAGCACCAUAAGUGAUUAGAAUUGUACCCCUUGAUGGAUCACUUUCCAAGGCGUUCUUUACUGUGGCCCCUCCAAACAUUCAUGCGUUUGUCAGGAGAGCAGAUUUAUGCAUGAAAGCACUGUGUCACCAAGUUAAGUGAACCCAAUUUUGCGUUGCUGAAUAUUGGCUGUCAGACUGCAGUCUCUAUCCAUGUUCAGUUUAACGUUUACAACAGCACAGUAAUUGUGGAAUCUCUUUUUUGAAUAGUUACUGUGGGAUUCUGAUGAUGGUGUAUAACACACAGAGAUACUGGGGUUUCAGACUUUAUCCAUCAUCCUGGUUUUUAAGAGA